AUGACGUCCAUGACUACACUGUCAAAACAAGCGGUUUCAGAGCUAUUUCCUCCACCAAAAAGGUACUGUGCUUUGUCAAGGAACCUAAAACAAGCCGAUCGUUUCGCGUUGUAUGAAGAUCUAAAGGAAUAUCGAAGUUUACUGGACUCUGCUGGCUGCUCAGCCCUGGGCCACCUGUUGCUAACAAGCUACCUAUGCCUUCCAUCAAGGAAAUUAUUUCCUUAGUUUCCUCAAGCUAGAGGGAGUCAAGGACAGCUGCAUUGCUUGAUUCAUCGUUGAAAACUAGAUGAACAUAAAGUCGCAAGGAUUAGCCAGUUAACUGUGAGCCAAAGAGACAACCCUGCUUGGCAUUUGGCAAGAACGGGUCGACUUACUGCCAGUAACUUUGGCUCUGUCCUCAAAGCUAAAAGAGUCACUUCUUCACUAGUAAAACGUCUCCUUGGGAGUAUGAUUUACCAAGAGUCAAAGCAGUCUAAUGAGGAGUUAACAAAGAAAAAGAAGCCAUUAAAGCAUUCACCUUCAAAACAGGGAAAAUUUUCAGGAUACUGGUAUCUGGUUUGAUUCUUCUGGAAUUCUUGGUGCUUCACCUGAUGGCAUUGUAGAUGAUAGAACUGUUCUGGAGUCAAAGUGCUGGUACACUGAACAAAACCUGACAAUAGACGAGGCUUUGAAUUCAACAUCAUUCCACCUUGAGGAAAGACCAUGCGUACUGGGAUCAAGUCCAGGGACAAAUGUACUUGUCUGGUAG